AUGAUGGAUACAAAUAUCACUACUAAUACUAUAGAUGAGGAUCUUUCAGGCUUUAAUGAAUCUCAAAUAGUGAAUGAUACUUGGAACAAUUAUACAUUACCACUUGGAAUGGUUUGCAUUCUAGAACCAGAUCCAGAAGAUUACUUAUCCUCUAGUAUCUUCCAAACAUGCGUGUAUAUAAUGUACGGAAUAGUUUUCAUUGUUGCAUUACUAGGCAAUGGGCUGGUGUGUUGUGUUGUGCAAUCUUCACCUCGCAUGAAAACUGUAACAAAUUACUUUAUAGUAAACCUUGCUGUGGGUGAUAUACUGAUGACAAUAUUUUGUGUACCAUUUUCCUUCGUUUCGAUGCUUAUCUUACGAUAUUGGCCAUUCGGUGGUGUUAUGUGUAAAGUUGUAAAUUAUUCUCAAGCUGUGUCAGUGUUGGUUAGCGCCUACACGCUGCUCGCUAUAUCGAUUGAUAGAUAUUUUGUGAUUACUCGUCCUCUUCGACCUCGUUUAGGAAAGACCGCAGCUAAACUUGUUAUGAGUGUAGUCUGGUUAGGCGCUCUCGCGACUGCAAUGCCAAUACUGGUUGUCUCUCAAUUACAAAGACCUUCAUUGUGGCAUCAAGUUUGCGAACUUGAUAUAUGUAGCGAGAAAUGGGAGGAUGUGAAACAAAGCGAGCAGUACACGAGUGCAUUACUCAUCUUGCAAUUCGCGUUGCCUCUCACGGCCUUAGUGUGUACAUACGGUCGAAUUGCUUGUGUGGUGUGGGGCGUUAAACCCCCAGGAGAAGCUGAAAGUAUAAGGGAUUCAAGAAUGCAGCACUCGAAACUAAAGAUGUUGUGGUCGACACAUGAAAAUGACGAAGAAUGGGGAAAAUGGCCAGGAUUGCCAUUUGUAUGGUUCGUAAGCCAUUGGUUGGCUAUGUCACACUCUUGUUAUAACCCAAUCAUAUAUGGUUAUAUGAACGUCAGAUACCGAAACGGUUUUAGACAGGUGCUGGAGAGAAUUCUGAGAUUUAAUCAAAAUCAGAGAAGUCGUUCCUGCCCUCGUUCCAGUGUUUGCGAAGGGAUACCGUUGUCAGAAAUGGUAGCAAUAAAUGGAUCCAUGAGACACAGGAGUAUUAGUAGAUGCAAAUGCAAGAUACGAAGCCCGUUUAUGAGUACGGAAGAAAGGAAAUGCUCUUGUUCAUCUAUAUUACAAUACAAAACUUCUACAAAUUCUAAAAUGACGCCUCCACCUCAAGCGCUAUCUGUUCGAACUCAUUAUACCUAA